AAGCGCUUUUCAUAAUUUCUUUGUGAAACAGGUCACCGUUUCAGUAUCCACGGACAACACGGAUCAAUACGAAUUUGAUUGUUUAUCUUUUGACAGCAAUUUUCUUUAAAAUAACAGUAAAACAUCAAGAUGCCAGCCAAGAAGAAGAAGUCGGGAAAGCUGUCGAAGAUGACAGAGGAGGAGAGACUGGCCUAUGAGGAACAAAAACGUUUAGCUGAAGAAGAAAUGAGAAAAAAGAAAGAAGACAUGCUUACACAGUUCUUAAAAGACAAAUUAACGAAAGAAGAACGAGCCACAAGGUUUAACUUGAACAAACUAAAUCACCAGUGGCGGAAUAUUAUGAGAGAAGCUAAAUCGAAGGAACUCAAGAAAGAUAUAGAAAUUCUCAGUCAGACAUUUGAGCGUGUUGUGGACCGGAAAGAUGCGGUGAUUAAGUCGCUGGCCAAGGAUCUGAUGGAGGCAGAGGAACAGUAUGCUAUGGCACUGAGGAGUCAUCUCCAGAAUAUAGACAACCUCAUAGAUUUACAGAAGUCAAGAUUACAGAAAUUAAAAGACGAGUACGUGGAUGAGUUAGAGAUUAUAAAAGAAGAGUUUGACACUGAGCGUGCCAUCAUGGUAGACCAACAUAACACAGAGAUGAAUGAUAUAGCUGAUAUUCUUUUUGCAAUGGAACAAAACUUUCAGGAAAGAGAGGCAGAAGCAAAAGGCGAGUUCCAGAGUAUGAGGGAUGAAAUUAAGAAUAAGAAUCUGGAGGAGAAACAUGCACUGCGUGUCCAGUUAGAACAGAAAGUAGAUAACUUAUGGAUGCAGUUCCGAGAUGCUCUGCAGAACUAUAACAUGACCACAGAGGAAAGAAAAACAGCAUUUGAAGCCCUGAAAGUCAAGGAUGAAAGAAGUGCAAAAGAGAUUGAGUCACAAAUGAGAAAAUUACAGAGAAUAUCAGAUCAGAUAGCUGCGUUGAAGUCAAAGAUGGCAACAAAUGCUAAGGAAUGUGAGGAGAGAAACAAAAUGUUGAAGGAGGAAAGAGAAAAGAUGUUGAAACAUUUCCAGGAGCUCAAAGCUCAAAUGAACAAAGUACGAGAAGCAGAAAGAGAUAAGCUCACCAAGGUUACACUCGAGAGUAACGCAGCUAUCAAAGAAGUCAAAAGACAAAAUGAUAAGGUAGAACAGAUACUUAAGGUAUCGGAGAUGUGUCGUAAGUUGGAGACAGAAGAGGAGAAAGUACUUCCCUUCUAUGCAUCUUCACUCACUAAAGAAGAACAGGAGGAUGUGGAUGCAGCAGUUAUCGAGGCUCCAUCAGAACCUCUUGCUAAUGCUAUGCAUGAAUACACCAGCCUAGAAAACUUUUGGAAACGACACAACAAAGUUCUCCUAGAUAAACUAGCACUGGACAAAGAAAGACAAACAUUACUCGGAGAAAACCAACAGUUACGUACCUUGCUGAAGCAAUAUUUGGAUGGCAUUUCUGUCAAUGAUGAGAUCAUCAGCCAAGUCAACCCACUGUUUAUUGUCAACAACAAAACAAACGUCAAGUUGAAUGUACCAGUUCAUGACCCAAGAAUACGUAGACCAGCUGCCCAGACCGUCGUUGAAGCUGCUCAUGUGAUUAAACAUACACUGCCUUCUUAGAGUUGUAGAACUUUAUUUUUAUAUGUUAAUGAACUUUGUUUAUGAACUGUGCUUAUGGACUCUGUUUGUCGAAUGUAUUUAUGUUACUUGAAAAAAACUGUGAUAUAGAAUAUAUCUUAUUUAUGAACAAUGGUUUUGAUGUAUGUACAUUUUAUGUAUAGAUAAAUUGAUCAAAUAUAGCAUUUAUUCUUUUAGAUGCCUGUCUUUGAAUAAAAAUCGUUUUUAAAGAAAAACAUUCCAUUCAGAAUCAUGAGUUUUCAAAAUAUAGAUAUUUUGGCAUGCAUAUAGUUCACCAAAACAGCACUUGUCAAGAAUUUGUCAAAUUUGAUGUAUUUUCUUGAAAGGAAAUCUCCUUUAUUCUUUUACUUAAUUAUGUUGUUUCUUUUAUAAUUUACUGUAAAAUAUGACAAUAAAAAAUAAAUUGUAAUAUGAACAA